GCGUUGUUGAGCCUGGUGUGUGUAUUGUUAUAGCAACUCAUAGCCAUUGAGAGAGAGAGAGAGACGAUGAAGGAUCACUUAAGCCAGGGAGAGGAAGUGCCAGCGUGGAAGUCGAUGAUUGCCGGGUCGUCAUCAGGGCUGGUGGCCAGAACAUUCACUGCACCGUUAGACGUUGUGAAGAUUCGACUACAACUUCAGGUGGACGGCAGCAAGUACAAGGGGAUAGUCAAGGCCAUGAGGACCAUUGUGAGCGAGGAGUCUGUGUUUGCCCUGUGGAAGGGAAACGUUCCAGCCAGUGUGAUGUACGUUAUCUACGGAGCAUCGCAGUUCACGGCGUACACAGCUCUUAACACGUGGAUGUCGCACGCAGAGCGUGACUAUGGGAUCCAAUUGGGACAAGGAUUACACACUUUCCUUGUUGGCAGUGUUUCAGGCAGCGUGAGCACCGUUGUUUCGUACCCGUUUGAUCUGCUGAGAACGAGGUUUGCCAAUAGCCCGAACUUCCACAGCUUAUAUGACGUUGUGACGAAGAUCUACGCCAAUGAGGGCCCAAGGGCGUUCUUCAAAGGCUGUAACACUGCGAUGGCAUCCAUCUCGCUGUACACGGGUCUGCUGUUCUGGUCAUAUGAGUACUCAAGAGCGCUGGCACGCGCAUUAGAUGGGUAUUCUUCAUGGGCAGAGCCGGUAUGCGGGUUCUGCGCAGGUGUGUUUGCCAAAGGUGUUGUAUUCCCACUUGACCUUAUACGGAAGAGAUUGCAGGUCAGCAAGAAGCUGAGGCACAGCUUCACAGAGGUGCUCGUGCAAGUUGCAAAGAGAGAAGGGCUCAGAGGGUUUUACAAGGGAUUCUUUGUAUCGAUGGUGAAGAGCGCACCAACGUCUGCGCUUUCGAUAUGGAGUUACGAAUACGUGAUGAGACUUAUGGAGUGAUGAUUGGGACUGUGUCGUUGGGGGUGAACUGGACACUGUGAACGACUUGGCAUGGCAUACACAGCGACUGUAUACAUAUAGCGUACAUAUAUAGAGGUUAUUACAAGGACAGGAGGGUAUCUGCAUUCACGGG